AUGGCGACAGCGGCCGCCCCGACCCAGCUGGAAGCCGAGCUCUACUACCUGAUCGCCCGGUUCCUGCAGUCCGGACCCUGCAGGAAAUCCGCCCAGGUGCUGGUGGAGGAGCUGGAGGCGCACCAGCUGAUCCCCCGCCGCCUGGACUGGCAGGGCAAGGAGCACCGGAGGAGCUUCGAGGAUCUGGUGGCAGCCAAUACACACAUCCCUCCAGACUAUCUUCUGAAAAUCUGUGAGAGAAUUGGACCCCUCUUAGACAAAGAGAUCCCACAGAGUGUUCUUGGAGUGCAGACUUUACUAGGUGUAGGACGGCAAUCUUUGCUAAGGGCAGCAAAAGACUGCAGGCAUACGCUAUGGAAGGGAUCUGCAUUUGCAGCUCUUCACAGAGGCCGACCUCCCGAACUACCUGUAAAUUAUGGGAAGCCACCAAAUGUGGUAAAUAUAAUUUCUGCCAAGCAAUUAACUGGAUAUGGACGCUUCAACCAUUUGUUCCCAUCAUCCAACUACCAACAUAUGAAGAUGCACAAGAGGAUUCUGGGGCACUUAUCAUCUGUAUAUUGUGUAGCAUUUGACCGCAGUGGGAGACGAAUUUUCACAGGCUCAGAUGAUUGCUUGGUGAAAAUUUGGGCUACAGAUGACGGUCGUCUGCUUUCAACGUUGCGAGGACACUCAGCUGAAAUUUCUGACAUGGCUGUUAACUAUGAAAACACAUUGCUGGCUGCAGGCAGCUGUGAUAAGGUAGUCAGAGUAUGGUGUCUUCGAACCUGUGCACCAGUUGCAGUGCUGCAGGGCCAUUCAGCUUCCAUUACGUCCAUACAGUUUUCUCCAGCAAGAAAAGGAAUAACCCGAUACCUCACUUCUACUGGUGCUGAUGGAGCAAUCUGUUUCUGGCAGUGGCAUGCCAAUACAAUUAAAUUUAAGGAUCGCCCUGUGAAAUUUGCUGAGAGAUCCAGGCCUGGGGUUCAGAUAUCUUGUUCAUCUUUCAGCUCCGGUGGCAUGUUCAUUGCAACAGGUAGCACUGACCAUGUGAUAAGAAUAUAUUAUUUGGGCUCGGAAUCGCCAGAGAAAAUUGCUGAGUUAGAGUCCCAUACGGACAAAGUAGUUGCAGUUCAGUUCUGUAACAAUGGUGACAGCUUAAGAUUUGUCAGUGGGAGCAGAGAUGGAACAGCAAGAAUAUGGCAAUACCAGCAGCAGGAAUGGAAGAGUAUAGUCCUGGAUAUGGCUACUAAAAUGACAGGUAACAACUUGGUAUCUGGGGAGGACAAAGUAACUAAACUGAAGGUUACUAUGGUGGCUUGGGAUCGAUAUGAUACCACUGUCAUCACUGCGGUCAACAACUUCCUUUUGAAAGUGUGGAACUCGACCACGGGACAGCUUCUUCAUAGUUUAUCUGGCCAUGAUGAUGAAGUUUUUGUUUUGGAAGCACAUCCAUUUGACCAAAGGAUCAUGCUUUCUGCAGGUCAUGAUGGGAACAUUUUUGUUUGGGACCUUGACAAAGGAACAAAAAUUCGCAAUUACUUUAACAUGAUUGAAGGCCAGGGCCAUGGUGCUGUUUUUGAUUGCAAAUUCUCGCCAGAUGGACAGCAUUUUGCCUGCACAGACUCACAUGGGCAUCUGCUAUUAUUUGGUUUUGGAUGCAAUAAAUAUUAUGAAAAGAUUCCAGAUCAGAUGUUCUUCCAUACGGAUUAUCGACCACUGAUCCGUGAUGCUAAUAACUAUGUGCUGGAUGAACAGACCCAACAGGCUCCACAUCUCAUGCCUCCCCCAUUCCUGGUGGAUGUGGAUGGAAAUCCACAUCCCACAAGAUACCAACGUCUUGUACCAGGACGUGAAAAUUGUAAGGAUGAACAACUUAUUCCUCAACUGGGAUAUGUGGCUAAUGGUGACGGUGAAGUGAUUGAACAGGUGAUUGGGCAGCAAACCAAUGACCAGGAUGAGAGUAUUUUGGAUGGAAUGAUUAGGGAGCUGCAGAGAGAACAAGAUCUGAGGCGAAUGAAUGAAGGAGAAGCUAUCCCAAACCCUCCAUACAGUAGAUCACACUCUAUUAAUGGUGCUCUUAGAAGUCCAGGUUUGGACUCCCCACCAAAUGUUGGUCUCAGACGUAGCGGUCAGAUUGAGGGGGUCCGGCAAAUGCAUCUCAAUGCUCCUCGCAGUCAGAUGGCCACAGAGAGAGAUCUCAUGGCCUGGAGCAGAAGAGUAGUGGUGAAUGAGCUGCAUCCAGGGGUUAGCAGGGUUCAGGAAGAAUGCCGAGCUGUCAAAGGUGAUAUGGAAGUUAAUCUUUACACUGUUGAAAAGAAGAGAAAACCAUCCCACACCUUGCAAAGGAGCGAUUAUCAACCUGGGAGUGGACGAUCUUUGAGAAGAAACCAACGCAAACGCCAGCAUGCCUACCAAACACGCUCCACCAUUGAACACAAUCAGCAGGGAGCAAGUCAAAAUGCACAUACAAAGGAAGAAUCUGAAAGCUCCUCUGAGGAAGAUGAAACAGUUGGCACAAGUGAUGCCUCUGUGGACGAUGCUGUAGCUGUGUGGCAAAGUGAAAGCAGUUCCAGUGAUUCUUCAAGCGAAUAUUCUGACUGGACAGCAGAUGCUGGAAUUAAUCUCCAGCCUCCAAAGAGACAAACCAGACAGGCGACUCGGAAGAUCUGUAGCAGCUCUGAAGAUGAAAACAUGAAGGAAGCUAAAGGGUUGGAAGAGAAACGAAGGAAACCCAAACAGACUAGAAAAAAGAAACCAAGUGGAUUACUUUCGAUGGAAGGUGAACCCAGUGAAGAAUGGUUUGCACCCCAGUGGAUCUUGGAUACCAUACCACGUCGUUCACCCUUUGUCCCACAAAUGGGAGACGAGAUUAUAUAUUUUAGGCAAGGCCAUGAGGCUUAUGUGCGGGCAGUAAGGAAGGCAAAAAUUUACAAUGUUAACAUGCAAAAACAACCAUGGAACAAAAUGGAACUCAGGGAACAAGAACUUGUGAAGACUGUAGGAAUUAAAUAUGAAGUCGGACCUCCUACACUCUGCUGCUUGAAGCUUGCAUUUCUAGAUCCUAUCUCAGGCAAAAUGACAGGAGACUCUUUUUCCAUUAAGUACCAUGAUAUGCCAGAUGUUAUUGAUUUCCUUGUGCUGCAUCAGUUUUAUAAUGAAGCCAAAGAAAGGAACUGGCAGAUUGGGGAUAGGUUUCGCAGUAUAAUAGAUGAUGCUUGGUGGUUUGGAACAGUGGAGAGUCAGCAGCCUUUCCAGGCAGAAUAUCCUGAUAGUUCCUUCCAGUGCUACAGCGUUCACUGGGACAACAAUGAAAGAGAAAAGAUGAGUCCAUGGGACAUGGAACCAGUUCCAGAAGGAACUGCUUAUCCAGACGAGGUUGGUGCUGGAGUUCCCGUGUCCCCAGAGGAACUGACAUCUCUACUGUAUAAACCCCAAGAAGGAGAAUGGGGGACCCAUUCCAGAGAUGAAGAAUGUGAACGAGUUAUUAGGGGGAUUGAUUAUCUUCUGACCCUUGAUAUUUCUAACCCCUUUGCUGUUCCAGUGGACCUUAGUGCCUAUCCCAUGUAUUGCACUGUAGUUGCUUACCCAACUGACCUCACCACAAUCAGGAGGAGACUUGAAAACAGAUUUUAUAGGAGAAUCUCAGCAUUGAUGUGGGAGGUUCGAUACAUCGAGCAUAAUGCUAGGACUUUCAAUGAGCCAGACAGUCCUAUAGUUAAAGCAGCCAAAAUUGUAACGGAUGUCUUACUUCACUAUAUUGGGGAUCAGAGUUGUACUGAUAUAUUGGAUAUAUAUAAUAAAGUGAAAGCAGAAGAUCUAAGCAGUACUGAUGAAGAGGAGGAGGUGGCAGAAGUAGAUGUAGAGUCAGAUGGGCCUGGAACUUCAUCUGGGAAAAGAAGAGUAAGACGACCAAUAAAAAGGCAGCCCUUCAAAGCAAGCCCUGAUGCUUGGAAAGAACAGUGCAAGCAGUUGUUAAGCCUAAUAUAUGAACGUGAGGACUCCGAGCCUUUUAGACAGCCAGUUGAUCUCUUCUCCUAUCCUGACUAUCGAGAUAUUGUAGACACUCCAAUGGAUUUCAGCACUGUGAAAGAAACUUUGGAAGCAGGAAAUUACACCAAUCCUCUGGAAUUUUACAAGGAUGUUCGCUUAAUAUUCUGCAACUCUAAAGCUUACACACCUAAUAAAAAGUCACGGAUCUAUAGCAUGACGCUUAGACUAUCUGCCUUAUUUGAAAAUCAUAUUAAAAACAUCAUCUCUGAAUACAAGUUGGCCAUGCAGUGUCAGAAGAGGAAUAGGCCACGAUACCGAAAACGACUAAGGAGCAGCAGUAGUUCACCAUCUAGUAGCAGAGCAUCCAGCCCUAAAGGGAAACAGAAACAAGUGAAGGUGCAACCUAAAAUCAACCAGAAUACCUCACUGCCUUUGACUAGGACUAGCUCUUCAGUGUCAUCUCAUGUUUCAGAUACUACAGAGGAGGCUCUGGGUUCAGCCAUUGGUGAAGAAACGGAGGGCCAACCAUCCUCAUCUGGGUUAAAUACACAGAACCGAAGUGGAAAUAACAUUGAUCCAGGGAAAAAUAGACUAGUCAGGAGUAAAUCCACACCAGUUAAACAAGAUCAGUCUCUUGAUGGACCACUUACAAAUGGUGAUAGCAGAGAGCCUCGGAUAGCAGUCAAGAGAAAGUUAGUAAGUGCCUCGGAAGAGGAGGAACACCUAGAGGAAGAGGAGAAGAAGAGAGAAUUAAAAGAAAAACCUGGUUUAUCUUCAUCAGAAAGUGGGGAGUCAGGAUCCAGUUCAAGCUCUGAAAGCAGAUGUGGCUCUGAUUCAGAUUCUGAAUCAACCUCUAGAACAGAUCAGGAUUACAUUGAUGGAGAUCAUGACUACAGUAAAGUUGUGCAAACUAAACCCAAAAGAAAAAUUAAAAGGAAAAUUGCUAGUGGGAAAAGAAACUGGCAGGGUAGAGGAACAGGGAGGAGAGGUAGAUGGGGCAGAUGGGGUAGAUGGAGCAGAGGGGGAAGAGGUGGCAGAGGAGGAAGAGGAGGCUGCGGCAGAGGAAGAAGAGGAGGCAGGGGAGGAAGAAGAGGCAGAGGAGGUAGAGGAGCUUCACGAGGAGCAACCAGAGCCAAACGUGCACGAAUGGCAGAUGAUGAAUUUGAGAAUCUGUUUGGCGGACGAUUUGGCGAGAAUAUGUUUGGAGGACGAUUCAGUAGGCCACCACGAAUUAAAACAAGGAACGAGGGCAGGAGAACUGUUUUAUAUAAUGACGAUUCAGAUAACGACAACUUUGUGCACACCGAGGAUCCUCUGAAUCUCGGUACUUCCAGAUCGGGCAGGGUGCGGAAAAUGACAGAAAAAGCCAGGGUUAGCCAUCUCAUGGGAUGGAAUUAUUGA